AUGAUAAAUCAUAUUCUUUAUCAAAGAAAUAAGUAUAAUCACUCAUUGAGCAUAUCAAGGUUAGUUUUUAAAAAUAGAACAUUAAUGAGUUUGAUUUUAUUUGUUGUUAAUACUGUUUCAGGUGGUGUAAAUGGAUUCAAUGUUUAUCUAUUUUAUACAUCAAUGAUAAGCUUCAACAUACUCGCGACACUUGAUGUUCUAUUUUCUAUUAAAGAAAUGAUUAGCUUUAAUAGAAAAAUAAAACUUAAAUAA